CUCCAUUUUUGCAGUCGUAACCAAAAAAAAAAUGGUGACCAUGCCUAGCGUAGGCCUUCGGCGCCUAAACUCUUAUCCAUGGCUUCACAACUUCCGUACAACAACUCCAUCAUCAACAUCACAUUCCUUUUGCUCUGUAGCGUCUCUCUCAUCCUCCUCUUCUUCUCCGAUUGAAGUUUCAGAAGAGGAUCAAUUGAACGAUGACAAUAAACCCACCAAGAAUGCUAACAAGAGUCAAUCGUAUUUCCCGAAGAAAGGUCAGACAUUAGAGCUUGAAUGCGAAACCCUAGCUUUCAAAGGGAAGGGAGUGUGUAAAGUGGCCGAUACUGGGUUCGUCCUCAUGUGCGAUCGCGCCCUCCCCGGUGAACGCUUCAUCGGCCGAGUGACACGCAAAAAGGGCAGUUACGCUGAGGUGACUAAAUUGAAGACAAUAUCCCCUCAUUGGGACUUUGUUGAAGCCCCAUGUGAAUAUGCUUCAGAUUGUGGAGGUUGUAAAACGCAGAAUCUGUUAUAUGAAGCCCAGGUGAGAGCGAAGGAACAGCAAGUCCGUGAGUUGGCUGUACAUGUGGGGAAAUUUUCUGAUGAAGACCUGGAUAGCAUCAUGAAGCCCAUUGUUCCCUGCGACAUCCAAUUUCAUUAUAGGAACAAGAUGGAAUUCUCAUUUGGUACUCAGAAAUGGCUACCUAAAGAGUUGUUACAAGAUAAAAACAAUGAUGUCAAUGGCUAUGCAUUGGGACUUCAUGCUCCUGGAUUCUUUGACAAAGUUCUGAAUGUGAACAAAUGCUUGUUACAAAGUGAGCCUGCCAAUGUGGUUCUCGCAGCUAUUCAAGACUGUUGGAGAGACCCAAAAUUAGGCCUUUCUCCUUACGAUGUUCACUCCCAUGCUGGAUUUCUUAAGCAUCUAAUGCUCAGAAGUGGCAGGGAUGUCAAGACUGGUCUGCCUGAACUUAUGGUUAAUUUUGUGACUUCAUCUUACAAACCAGAGCUGCUGAAGCCCCUUGUUGAGAAAAUUUCAGCCAUUCCUGAAGUGGUGAGCGUUGUAAACAACGUAAAUUCUUCUGUCAGUAACAUAGCUGUUGGGGAGGACGAAUACACUUUACAUGGAAAAUCUACUAUUACAGAGAUUUUGAGAGGCCUUACAUUUCAAAUUUCAGCAAACUCCUUCUUUCAGACUAAUUCACACCAGGCAGAGGUUCUCUAUAGACUUAUUGAAGAUUAUGCUGGUCUCAGAGGAGAUGGCACUGAAAUUGUUCUUGACCUCUUUUGUGGAACUGGCACCAUUGGGCUGACACUUGCCAGAAGGGUCAGAAACGUAUAUGGCUAUGAAGUAGUUCCUCAAGCCGUCUCCGAUGCUCGUCGAAAUGCCACACUGAAUAAUAUUUGCAACGCUACCUUUAUCCAAGGGGAUCUUAAUAAAAUUGAUGAAAAUUUUGGCAAAAAUUUUCCCAAGCCUGACGUUGUCAUAUCAGAUCCGAACCGUCCAGGUAUGCACAUGAAGUUGAUUAAAUUCUUACUGAAGCUUCAGGCCCCAAGAAUUAUUUAUGUGUCGUGUAAUCCUGCCACGUGCGCGCGUGACCUUGAUUACCUCUGUCAUGGUGUGGUAGAGCGAGAGAGAAAUAUAAAAGGAUGUUACGAGCUAAAAAGUCUGCAGCCAGUAGACAUGUUCCCUCACACUCCUCACAUUGAGUGUGUUUGCGUCCUGGAGCUUCAGUGAUUCCAGUUUGAAAUUAUGGAAUCCUCUCUCUAGUUCGGUCACAAAAUUUUGGCACAGGAGAGAAGGGUGUAGGUGAACGCUUACAAGGCUUUUCGCUUCAAUGAAUAUAUUGUAACAUUACAUCAGUGUUCAAAGAGAAGUUGUGUGGCUGGGGGAGAAUAUAUAUGAUGUGUCCGGUGGUGCACCGGACAUACCGAAUUCCUGCUCAGCUGGGGCUGGGGGCAAGGCGGAUCCAAGAUUGCUGAUUGGGGUGGGUUAAUUUAGGAUUUGGCUAAUUUUGGAUGGGCUAAUUUUUUUUUUUUGGGGUGGGCUGAAAGUAGUAUAGUAAAAAAAAGAAAUUUUUUUUUUUUGGGGUGGGCUGAAGCCCACCCUCACCCACCCCUCCCUCCGCCCUUGGCUGGGGGCCUACAAAGAUGAAAGAAUUCUAAUCGCCAUUUCUGACCAGUCAAUGUCGCCAAUAUUUGUAGCUUUAGCCACCUGUAUUAAUUGAUAACUCAAUUUCAAUACAUGUUAGUGGAAGUUUUUCAU